GCAAAGCUAUUCCUAUUGCCACUUGUUUUUCCCUUCAAACGUUCACCUCGCGCCUAACAUGGGGUCUCGGCAGGACCAGCCCGCCGUCAACGGGGAGCAAGGUGACGGCGCGGGGGCAGCCUACGUGCGGUACAGGGAGUGCCAGCGCAACCAUGCCAUCGGAAUCGGCCGCUACGCCGUCGACGGCUGCCAAGAGUUCACGGUGUUAAUGGGCGUCGACGAGGCUGCCAUGCUCCUCUGCGCGGCGUGUGGCUGCCACCGCAACUUCCACAGGCGCGAGGUCGUCAACGAGUUCGGCGUCGACUACCAUGCUCCCCGGACGCCCCCCGCCGACGAACAUCGCCGUUGAAGCCAUGAAGCCUGUUGCUGCUGCUGCUGCCGCCUCUUCUUGCUCAUCGUGAAUUGGAUCUAGCUGGAGCAUGCAUGGCCCAUGGACGGCUGGUAGCAUUUUAUUUCAUCUUCUUUGUCAUCUUAUGAAAUUAGUGUGGAUGAAUAAUUCGCGGGGGAUGUCCCGUCCGCGUAGAUCGAUCGAUGUGAUGAACCUCUUCUAUGAAUUCGAAUUUGAUUUCCCUUGUGCCUUUUUACUUGAUGAGGU